AUGCCGGCAAAGGACAAGAUCUUCAUCAAGGAUCUGAUGGUGCAGGCCAUCCUGGGCGUCAACAAGGAGGAACGCGUUAAGCGGCAGAACAUCAACAUCAGCAUCGUCAUCUUCCACGACAUCAAGCAGGCCGCCCUACACGACGACGUGCGGCACACCAUCAACUACAGCCUUGUCUGCAAGGCCGUCGUGGCCUACACCGAGGACUCGCACCACUACACCCUCGAGUCCCUCUGCUCCGGCAUCGCCAAGAUCUGCUGCGUCCAGUUCGGCGCCGCCGAGGCCAUCGUCCAUGUCGAGAAGCCCUGCGCCCUCUCCCUCGCCCGAUGCCCCGCCGUCGAGGUCCACCGCACCCGCGACUUCUUCCUGGUGCAGGAGCCGCUCAUGCUCCAGCAGAGCGCCGCUCAGGCCCAACACCAGCAACAGCCACAGCCGGCAGUCGCGGCUCCGGCGGUGGUGGCGAGUCCCGGCAAGCCCAAGGACGACGCGGCGGGCGUGGCGGAAGAGAGCAGCGGUGGUGCGGCCAAGAAGAGCAACAGCGUGCACACGGCCUAUCUGGCGCUGGGCAGCAACCUGGGCCAGCGGGAGGACAACAUCUACAAGGCGCUCAAGGUCCUGGCCGAGUCCUGCGACAUCAUCAGCACCUCGGCCCUCUACCAGACGCCUCCGGCCUACGUAGUGGAUCAGCCGGCCUUCUUGAAUGCCGCGUGCAAGAUUCGAACGAAGCUCACACCCGGCGAGCUGCUCGACUUGGUCAAGAGCGUCGAACAGAGACUUGGACGCACGACCGGAGGGAUCCGCUUUGGUCCGCGGUGCAUUGACGUUGACAUCCUGUUCUACGACUCGAUCCACGUCCACCGCAGCGAUGAAUCGCUGAUCAUCCCCCACUCGAGAAUUCCUGAGCGCGACUUCGUGCUGGGUCCGCUGAAGGACAUUGCUGCGGACUACGUGCACCCAAUUUUGAAGAAGACGAUCGCGCAGCUGUUCCAUGAGCUGCCGCAGCACAAGCUGUACCGAGUUACGCCCAUCCGCUCGCAGCUCUGGACCUGGAGCGAACGCACGUUUGUCAUGGGCAUCAUCAACGCGACGCCCGACAGCUUCAGCGAUGGUGGCGACUGCUUCGAUAUCGAGACCGCCGUCAGGCAUGCCAAGGAGCUGGUUGAGGGCGGCGCCCACAUACUGGACAUUGGCGGGCAGUCGACCAACCCCAGGUCCACGCUGCUCUCGGCCGAGGAGGAGGUCAAGCGGGUGGUGCCCCUCGUGCAAGCGCUCAGGAGCGAGGCCAACUGCGCCUGGAUGAAGAACAUCCCCAUUUCGAUCGACACCUUCUACUCCUCCGUUGCUGAGGAGGCCAUCAAAGUGGGCGCCGAUGUGAUCAACGACAUCAGCGGCGGCGUGUACGACGAGAAGAUUUUGUCGGUGGCUCACCACUACCAGGUGCCGAUCGUGCUGAUGCACAUGCGAGGCACGCCGCAGACGAUGAUGCAGCCGGUCAAUACCGACUAUGGCGGUAAGAUGCUCGACGAGGUGGCCCGCGUUUUGAAGCAGCGAGCCGAUUCGGCUCAGCUGGCGGGUAUCCCCAGAUGGAACAUCAUCCUCGACGCCGGCAUUGGCUUUGCCAAGACGGCCGAUCACAACUUGGAGAUCCUCCGACGGCUCAAGCCGCUCCACCGUGAGGUGGGGGAAAGCUACGCCAUGCUGGUCGGCGCCUCGCGUAAGGGCUUCAUCGGCAAAAUUGUUGGAGGCGAAGCCGAAACCAAGCCCAAGCUGCGUGGCUGGGGCACCGCCGCCACAUCGACCGCCGCUGUCGCUGGUGGAGCAAACAUCAUUCGCGUACACGACGUCAAGGAGCAGGGGGAGGUCAUCAAGGUCGCCGACGCCAUCUACCGCAACAACUGGACCUCCUCCUAG